AUGGGUUCCAAAGACAAGCAUGAAGAUGAAGAAUCACUUAGUAUAGGCCUAAAGGUGAUGCUAGCAGCAGCUAUCUCUUUAUUUGGUAUGAUCUCAAUAAUCAUCAUCUUCCAUUUUAGUAUGAAAUAUUUCAUCAUACGGCAACGAAGGAGACGCCAAAACGAGCUUCUUCACCAGAUCACCACCCAGAUUGCACCGAUUGAUGUGAGUUCUGUGGAGGCACGCAACCCUGGACUUCAAACUUCCAUCAUAGCCUCUCUGCCUAAACUUUUGUUCAACCAAACGGAACAGUUCAAGCAAGGUGAAGUGAUAGAGUGUUCGGUUUGCCUAGCCACUGUUACUAAGGAUGCAAUUAUCAGAGUGCUACCAAAUUGUAAGCACAUUUUUCAUGUUGAUUGUGUUGAUAAAUGGUUUAAUUGUAACUCCACAUGCCCAAUUUGCCGCACUGUGGUUGACCCAAAGGUGGCACCAGAAGAAGAAGACGGUGAUUUAGGCACAAGGAUCCAGCAAGUCCAACCCACAGCACCACCUGUUGUGGGUGAUGGUGAGGUGCAUGAUGGAACUGAAAUGGAGAAGGUGGGGUGUUCAGGUUUGAGAAUUGGAUCUUUCCAUAGGAUGGUUAGUAACAGGGAAAGAUCAGGGAGGAAUCACAGUUGUGAUGAAUCUACAAUAGAUAUAGAAAGACACUAA